CUGUAGCAGUGUUUAAAAUAACUCUGUGACUCACUUUAUAUUUUGCUUUACGGUCUACGAAGCUAAUAAUAACGCUGGCAGUCAGGAAGGGAUAAAAGUAAAGGAAAAAUAAAGACAAAAAAGAAGGUGGAUGUAAAGUAAAGGUUCUUUAUUGUUCUCUUGAGUGCGAGGCUGGCAAGCACACUCACUCGGAUGCAUGCAGCCAUCAUCAUGCACACUCCGCCCGCACGCAAGUGUAAUCUUGAAGGAAACGAGAUUGUAAUCGUUCUUGUGAAAAUGGUAACCUAGCAACAAUCUCUAAAUAAAGAGAUGGAGCACGUCAGUCUCGCGAUCCUGCGACACGAGCGUCUGGCUGUUGAAACUUGUGGAGUUUACAUUAACAAUUGAUGUACACUGCGGCUUUGCGAGAUGCGAUUUCUGACAAUAAGAAAGCAAGAAAAAAAAAAAAAAACCCAGAUGGAGUUUGCGAACUAGUUUUUAAUUUGAUCACUCAGACACCUAGAAAUGCAGUUUAAGUAAUAGAAGCACAGUAAAAACCGCUGAGUCCAGUUGGAAACUGACCAAAGAGAAAGUUGAUUUUUAGAAAAACAGAUGAUACAGUUCACAGCGUGGCGGACAAAAGUUCAAGUGUGGCUGCAAGAAAGGGUUGCAGCAGUGAGCACGACUCAGUGACGUGCAGGUAGCUCACGAAAGCUAAGUCUGUGUGGAGGACAGCCGGCAGGUGUCAACGACAUUACCAGACGACGUGGAAGGACGUGAUCUUUACGUGCUGUCCAUUCUUUGGUGCUUGCUACAAUGAGAGUCCUUGGACUGUUCGGUCUCACCGCCGUCAUCUUCCAUACAGGUACCUUUAACAGGACUUUGCUAUUUAACCGGAGCGCCCCACACCACUUGUCUGACUAUGUAUCCGAUGCAUGGGGACGCAGACCACCGAACUUCCCCACCGCCGUUUGCAAUUAAAGUUUUUCCAGAUAAAUACCAACAGGGGCAGAAUAUCACUGUGACCUUGUUCUCCCUGGACCGUAGCUACUUCCGGGGCUUCCUUCUGAAGGCAACGCCAGCGACCAACGGGGAGGGGCAGGCACUGGGCACAUUCGUGUGGUUUCAAGAGAACAAGACACAGGUCUUCACGUGUGAAGGUGGCUACAAGAAUACUGCGACACACACAAAUAAAGUUCAAGUCCAAAGUGUUGUCCUACAGUGGCGCGCACCUGACUAUAAUGUCGGCGACAUUGUGUUCAGGGCCACAGUGGUGGUUGACUUUUCAACAUUCUGGACAGGUAUAACAGAAGGCUUGAAGCCGUUUACUAAUGACCACGUGGUGCCUUUGAAGACGCCAACCAGAGUUGAGAGGAAGCAUGACCAGGAAGACCUGUCCACUUGUGGCAUACAGAAAGGCUGCUUCCUCUACCCCAGACAUUGCAUCAACUCCGGGUGUGAAGCAGCUGCCACCUUCUGGCUUGAUGGCGAUCGUUUUCAAUUCUUCUUGACCGCCAAGGACGCGUCUUAUGUGGCUGUUGGAUUUUCCACAGACAAGAUGAUGGGUGGAGACGAAACAGUCUCCUGUACUGCCGGCGACAUUCUGUCAGUACAGCACGGAUACAACAACGGCCACGAAAAUCAAAGGCUUAUACAGAGCCAGCUGUUGGAUCUGAAAGUGUCUAGAGUCAACAAACAAAUAUCGUGUUCGUUCGUGCGCCCUAUCGUUACCGUCGUCAGCAUCAUAAACCAAUCAGCCUCCUCCCUGCAAACUAUCAACAAAACUUUUGAUCUUAAGGAAGACUACUAUAUGAUGAUAGCCUGGGGCCAUGUGAAGAAAGGAAGUGACGUAAUAGCAAAACAUCAGACGUUACCUCCGGUAACCGACGGGAAAGUAAAAUUUGGAGAACACACAGUAUACAGGGGAUCCUCACUGUCCUCAUAUGCCAGAGUUCACGUGGCCAUGAUGUCUCUUGUCUGGGUUCUGUUGGCCGGACUUCUGUUAGUCAAGCCGCGUUACAUUCGUAGCCUGGUCAACAGUGACAAGCUGAGGAAAAUAAACCUGUGGCUGCAGGUUCAUCGUGCCAGCACCGGCGUAAUAACCCUGCUAACGUUUCUUGGCAUCGCCAUUGUUCUCUCGGAGGUUAAAGGCAGUCCUUCUGUGCAAACGACUCACAAAUUCCUAGGAUGGACGGUCUCGUUUCUACUGUUGUUCGAGCUCUUCACUGGUUUCUUGUAUCCCGAGAACUCCCUAGAACAACCUGAGGACAUGGAAAACCGAUUGAUGACAGCUCUGAAACUUUUGGGCAAAGUGGCUCAUCGCCUUCUGGGAUUCUUUACAUACAUCAUCGCAUUGGCAUCAAUGUACUCUGGAUUCUACGUGGACUACAUACCGAAAGCGAUGCGAGAGUACAGUGAGCUGGUGGUUGUGGUGUGGUUAACAUCUCAGGUCAUGUGGGUAGUCGUGUUCCAGCUAGCAGAAACCUAUACUCCUGUACUCAAAGGGAGAGGCGCAGAGAACCUGCAAAGGUCCAUCCAAAAGAUUGACAUCAUCAUUCUCAUUGUCUACUUCAUCUCACUGCUCCUGGGAUCGGCAUUUAUUCUGAGCACUGUUAUCGUUUACUGAACCCUGAACAUACUUGGUAAUACAAAUAUACUUUAUAAAUAUGCACCACUUGAUUUAAAGAUAACCUACAAGCACUCAAUAAAGAACAGUUUAUUACAAUCAACUAUGCAUAAUCGACUGUAAUUAAUGUCAAAUGAAUCAAAGAAGUCUGGGAAUAACUAGUAGAAGAUAUGUGUUGAUCGUGUGAGGUUUAGAGUGCUAACAACAAGACUGAUGUAUUUACUUGCAGACCAGUGAAUACCUUGUCAGAACACACACACGCACGCACAUAUUCACAUGCUUGAUCGCUCAAACGCAUGCAACAAACGUGACAUCACAUAAACAUGAAUGUAUAUAAAUGUGUCUGUGAGUGCGUUCGUGGAUACACGUGUGAAUGCGCACGUGUGUUUGUGUUAAUGCCUAUAGAGUUGGUAACAAUGGUCUGUUUGUGUCAUUGGGCAAUACACAUAUCCAUAACUAUAUACAACACAUUAUGUUUUUACUGUUAAAUAAACAACAACAAACACCGUGUUAAUAACAAGACAGAACACGAUUUAUUACUUGCUCAAAUUCUCAGAACACUGAAGAGAUUGUCAAUGCAUGGGACAUUUGUCGGAGGAUGUUGUGUAUAACUGUCAUCUAUCAAAAUGGCAAAAACUCGGUUUGUCUGUGGUAAGGGAUGAUAUUACGAGAUGAAUGCUGUUAGCAAACUAACCUUUUGAUAUGAGUCACGGGGACUGAAAAAUUCUACAACAUGUGAUUCGUAAAUUCCUGUUUGGAGUUUGUAUUCUGCUUUGUUAAUACUUUUCAUUGCAGUAGUAAAGGCGUGAACAUUGCAAUAAAACUAUUUCUCUUUUCUUUCAAGCUGGUUAAAGGAAGCCUAGCCUGGAAACUGUUAGUUUCUGUUGUUGUUGAUGUUUCCGAAUCCAAAUACAACGAAUAGUCUUAGCUCUGCAAUAAAUUCCCACUAAACUGUGUCUGACUAGUUUCUCAGCAUCAGCGCUUCCAAUGCGUUUUCUCAUCCAGAGUAUCGCCCCCCAAAUAAUAAUAAGUAAAAAUAAUAAUAAAAAACUAACAUCCCGAGACUGCUACCAUUUGUUGUUGGUGUUCAACAUAGCAAGCAUUGAAUGAAAAUUUCAAACCAACCUGUGGUAUUUAAAGCUCUAGUAGACGACCAGCGUGAAACUUUUCUGCUGAUUAACAUGUACAGCUCUUCAUAUCACACACCAUCAACGUAGACCACAUGUAUGUAGCUUAUGUUUUGGUACUCGUAACUGUCAGUGCAAGUUUCGAUUCUUGAGCUUGACUAGUUUGCUGAUUUCAAUAAAUUUUCAUUACACUUUGUAAUAAUAUAAACGUUUCAACUCCGAAGCUCAAUACGAUAUUCAAAAAGACUCCAAUAACAGUCAAAUAUCAGCGACCAUAUUAACAGAUACAUAUCACAGUCAAUUGAAAAAAAACGUGUUUGUUCUUGUAAGCAUUGCAAAGACAUGGUGCAGGAUGAUGGUAGGAGGAUCAACGGCUGGAGGAUUCGCAGCCGCGAGACCGUGACGUAGACAAAGAAACAGAAUGUACAAGUAAAGGCAGGUGCACACGAUGUGACAAAAGGCAAGGGCAAAGGUCACACUAAAGGUCGCAUGACUGGUAGUUACAUACUCAAGUAAAGCAGUCAGCCACAACAGUCUCGGCUAUCAUCUAUAAUCAUUACAUGACCUUUGGUCACAGCCCAUUGACACAGUAGAGUUCAAAAUUAAGCAGUGAACACCCCUGGGGUAGGUGAUACACAGAAAGUGAUCGAUGAAAGUCAAAUCAGCACAAAGACAAGACACACAUGUAUAUAUUUCUACAGAUAUGCACGCCUCCACCCCCAGAACACGUGUAAAUAAAAGCACGCGAAGAGAAAAAUAUACAACGCUGUACAAAAACCCACAACAAAACUAAAAAUGUGAACCGCACCAUGUACAGUGCAUGCCUUCGUCUCUUCCUCCAUGCCAGGCUCCCUCUCACCUUCACACCCACUACCAGGUCCAUCACAAACGGUCGUACACGCACGUGGCGGUAAUUUGUUCUUUUAAUUCACAUCAACUCAACCGAUGGACUCCGUUUGGCGCCAUUACUGCAGCGAUUUCCCAUUUUAUCAACAUUUCUAGCAUUGCCCGACUAAACUAUAACAUUUCAGAACGUUUUCAUUACUCAGUUCUAUAAAUAACCAAUAACCCCUAACAUUGUCCCCCAGAAAGACUUUGAAUAAAGACUUUAAAAUGCACUUCAUGUAGAAGUGAGUAGUAACAAAUAGUCCGAAGUGUUGUGGCUUUGGUCCAUGAAGUAUCAAACUCGGAACAGACUGUGAGAAUAGUAAGCGAGUUACAUUCCUUUAAAAAUAAUUAUUGUCGCUUCAGCCGUCACAGCUACACUUGCAGGAAACAAGUCACAAACAUCGGCGACAUCAUCAUAGUGUCAUCAGAUGUCAGCAAAGCAUCAUCAGACAGCAACACAUUCCAGGUUUCGGCAAAUCCUCAAACGUGCAGUGAAUCUCCAUGAGUUAGACAUAAUGAAAAGCUGUUUAAGAAGCACAGUGCAGAAAAUACUCAAUUCGUCACAUUUAAUACGAAGGUCUGUAAACACUGGCACGAGACUGUGCGGUACAAGACGAUGAUGUACUCUAUUAAUGCGUAUCACCAAACGAGACAAGGACUUUAAGUAUCUAAUGUCAUUUAGACCAUGACAAUAUUGUACACAAAUGAUAUUAUUUGAGCAGUUUUGGAACAGCUUGGCCUAAUCCUGUCAUAGUGACGCGGAGAAGUAGUUUUUGUUAAAACAGGGCAAAGGUAACCUCAUGACGUCACAGUGGUGGGCGUGAGCUGUUAUCGCCCUCGCCAUGUUAACGCCCACUUUUUGUGAUGUCGGUGUCCAUCUCCUCUCCAUCGCCGUGUUGCCUUCUGUGUACAAUUAUACCCGUCGUUCGUGUAGCUAACUGUGCAGGCUAAGAUUUAAAUUAUGGAGGUGUUAAUUAAGUUAAAAGAGUAAAUUAUAUUUAAGCCACUUCAAAUAGCAAUACUCUGAACAUGUCAUUUCAUCAUCAUAUUUCUCUUUUCCGAUAAAAGAGCUGUAGAAAAAUCGUGAGCUGUUUUAUUAAUUAUUAAAGUGCUUCAGACUGAAUAUUUUCUGGCCUUUAUUUAUAUUUUUAUUUUAUUUCCUCGUAUUCAUCACAAAUUCCGACUUAAAAAUGAGCCUGUGCAAGUUGGUGAUAUCAUUGUAGCUUUCUGAAUCAACACAAGAUGGCUAAACAUACAAUAAAUGUAUGAAUAUAAUUUAAAUGCCCGAACAUGCGUCAGAUA